GGCCGAGUCCGAAGAGGAGGAGCUUCGCAUCCACGUGGACCGGCUUCCGGAUGGCGUCUUGGGGGUUGCGCACGCCGUUGCGAAAAAGAGCUAAAGUCUAGGAGGGACCCGAUUUGGACAUUGUCCCCGCUUGGGUUUUUUUUUGAAGCGCUCGCCUGCAGCUCCCCUUCUCCCCAGACAGAAUAAAAAUAUUUCUUAGGUCAUGGGCAAGAAUAAGAUAAAAGGACCGAAACAGGCCAAUGUAUUCCAUAUAGCCAAUAAAAAAAUACUAAAGGCUAAAAGUAAAGCAAAGCCAGUGGCAACCAACCUAAAAAAGAUAAAUAUUGUGAAUGAUGAAAAAGUUCACAAGAUAGAUAAGGUAUUUACAGAAAUACAGAAAAAUGUUAAACAAUUGUCCAAAACUGUUCCAUCAGAUUCUUCAAAGAAACUUCAGAUUCCAAUGUCUCAGGAAGACAAACCGGCUAAUGUGGAUGCUGCUGCUAACUUACUUUCUCAGUUGUAGCACAAAACAAUAUACUGAUGUGAAAAUUACAUCUUUUGAUACAGAAUGGAAGGCAUAGCUUUCAACACUGGAAAUCUAUUUACCUAAGUGGAUACAAUAAUGUUGGAAGGAAUACCUGGAUUUUAUAUAAUGAAUUGGGAAACUAAUCUUCCCCAAAGUGGCAGUAGUCAAGCAAUUGAGGAAAUAUUCCAAGAUGUCUUUAAAACAAAGAAAAUUUUCAACCUUUUAGUCUAUGCAUAGCUAGGAGCCAAAUUAUUUAUCAACAGAGAGCUGGAUUUGAGACACUGGUCUACACUUACUAGCUGAAAUUAUAAUUUAAAGUGAAAUUGUGAUUUAAAAACUUAAAUCUCUACUGUCUAAUGUUAUUGGUAAAGUUUCUCUCAGGACAUUAAAAAUGUAAGAUAAAAGGAUUUUGCACAUUAUUAUAUUUAUUUGCUGUAGACAGAAUAAACCUAUGACUAAUUCAAAAUUUUAUAUAAUGGGUGGAAAAAUAAUAGGAAAAGAAACAAAAAUGUGUAUUUUAACACUGAACUGAAUUACCCUGUAUGAAGGAAUGCCAGAGGUUAGUAAAUACCUUACUUUAGUUUGCCCCAAAAUAUGGAAUUACUGUUUAAAUUUAGGCAACAUAAAAAUUUUGGCUUAGAUUUUGAUUAACUAUGUUAAAGUAAUAGCUGUUUUCAUUUUCACUCUCCUCCAAAAUAAGAGUUUCGUAUUUAAAAAAAUAAAAAACAUUCACUGGUA